AUGACAACAACUUCCCAGGCACCCACUGGUACAAGCUCUCCUGUAUCAUCGAAAUAUGUUAUUGCACACUUCAUGGUCGGAAAUUCAUACCCCUAUACUAUGGAUAAUUGGCUUGCGGAUAUCUUUCUUGCGCAUUCCAGCGGAAUCGACGGCUUUGCUUUGAACGUAGGAGUGGAUUCUUGGCAGCCUUCGCAGGUGGCCAAUGCCUAUCAAGCCGCUCUCCAGUCUGGAACUGGUUUCAAGCUCUUCAUGUCCUUUGAUAUGUCUUCUUUGCCUUGCACCACAGCUUCCGACGCUGCAAAUCUUCGUACUUAUAUAACAACCUAUGCCACGCACCCCAAUCAGCUGCUUUACAAUGGCCGCGUUAUGGCCUCAACUUUCUCUGGCGAAACUUGCACUUUCGGACAGGGAUCCGUCGCUUCUGGAUGGUCUACUCAAUUUGUGCAACAGUUGACAGGAUCUUCCGCAGUUCAUUUUGUGCCAUCAUUUUUCGUCGAUCCAUCACAGUUCAAUACCUACAGUGGGGUGAUUGAUGGCAUGUUCAAUUGGAAUUCCGGAUGGCCAAUUCAAGUUACGACUUCAUAUGUAUCGUCCAUACCUGGUCUGCUUGGAGACAUCGCUAGUGGUCUAUCCUCCACCGUCAGCUCUGCAUUGUCUAAUGUCAUCGGGUCAACGACUCCGGAUGAUACAUACAUCUCGAGCUUGGGUGCAAUGGGCGGUGGUAAAACGUACAUGGCAGCUGUGUCUCCGUGGUUUUUUACCCAUUAUGGCCCGUCAACUUACAACAAAAACUGGAUUUAUCUCAGCGAUGAUCACUUGUACGCUACUCGGUGGGAGUCGUUGAUCACAAUCCGCGACCAGGUAGAUAUCGUACAAAUCAUUUCUUGGAAUGAUUUCGGAGAGUCGCAUUACAUUGGUCCGAUAGAGGGCGCCCAACCCAUGAGUCAAGCCUGGGUUGAUGGCAAUGAUCACACUGGCUGGCUCAAUCUUACGUCUUAUUACGCCUCAGCCUUCAAGACAGGAUCAUACCCCACUCCGGCCAAAGACCAGCUCAUAAUGUGGUCGCGUCCACAUGCUGCCUCGGCUUCUGCGUCAAACGACCCAGUUGGAAAACCAACCAAUUACCAGAUUACUUCAGACAAUGUCUGGGCCGUGGUUCUGGCGACCUCCCCUGCCACAGUCGUACUCUCGACCUCGUCUAGUCAAUCACAAACUUUCAACGUCCCGGCCGGCGUUUCUAAGUUAGCUGUACCCAUACAACCCGGCGGGACUAUGUCUGGCACACUAACCCGAGGAGGGCAGACCGUCAUUGAUCUGCAGGCAACAGACUUCACUUUUGAGGCUAACCCGACGACAUAUAACUUUAAUGUCCUCGUUGUUGCCUCUCCUUAA